AUGACCCACAGCCAUUUUGCUUCUUGUCCAAACUCUCUUUCUCCAUUCUCUGUUCCAAUAAAAUGCGAGCUUUCAUACUCCAGUCAGCCAGUUGAUUUUUUUUUUCUUUCUGCUUCUUUCACUGAUCUUCUUUUUCCUUUUUUCUUUAUCUUUUUUGUUUUUGUCCUCUCUGUAUUUCUUUCUUUCUUCCUCUCUGUAUUUCUUUCUUUCCUUCUUUCUUCCUCUCUGUAUUUCUUUCUUUCCUUCUUUCUUCCUCUCUGUAUUUCUUUCUUUCUUUUCUUUCUUCCUCUCUGUAUUUCUUUCUUUCUUCCUCUCUGUAUUUCUUUCUUUCUUCCUCUCUGUAUUUCUUUCUUUUUUCUCUCUGUAUUUCUUUUCCUUCCUCUCUGUAUUUCUUUCUUUCUUCCUCUCUGUAUUUCUUUCUUUCUUCCUCUCUGUUUUCUUUCUUUCCUUCUUUCUUCCUCUCUGUAUUUCUUUCUUUCUUUUCUUUCUUCCUCUCUGUAUUUCUUUCUUUCUUCCUCUCUGUAUUUCUUUCUUUCUUCCUCUCUGUAUUUUUUUUUCUUCCUCUCUUAUUUCUUUCUUUCUUCCUCUCUGUAUUUCUUUCUUUCUUCUCUCUGUAUUUCUUUCCUUUUUUCUUCCUCUCUGUAUUUCUUUCUUUCUUUCUUACUUUUUCUCUUUCUUUCUUUCUUUCUUCCUCUCUGUAUUUCUUUCUUUCUUUCUUUCUUCCUCUCUGUAUUUCUUUCUUUCUUCCUUUCUUCCUUUCUUUCUUUCUUCCUCUCUGUAUUUCUUUCUUUCUUCCUCUCUAUAUUUUUCUUUCUUCCUUUUUUCUUCCUCUCUGUAUUUCUUUCUUUCCUUUCUUUCUUCCUCUCUGUAUUUCUUUCUUUCUUCUUCUCUCUGUUUUUUCUUUCUUUUUCUUCCUCUCUGUAUUUCUUUUUUUUCUUUCUUCCUCUCUGUAUUUCUUUCUUUCUUCCUCUCUGUAUUUCUUUUCUUUCUUCCUCUCUGUAUUUCUUUCUUUCUUCCUCUCUGUAUUUCUUUCUUUCUUCCUCUCUGUAUUUCUUUCUUUCUUCCUCUCUGUAUUUCUUUCUUUCUUCCUCUCUGUAUUUCUUUCUUUCUUUCUUUCUUCCUCUCUGUAUUUCUUUCUUUCUUCCUCUCUGUAUUUCUUUCUUUCCUUCUUUCUUCCUCUCUGUAUUUCUUUCUUUCUUUCUUUCUUCCUCUCUGUAUUUCUUUCUUUCUUCCUCUCUGUAUUUCUUUCUUUCCUUUUUCUUCCUCUCUAGACUUUUUCUUUCUUCCUCUCUGUAUUUCUUUCUUUCCUUCUUUCUUCCUCUCUGUAUUUCUUUCUUUCUUUCUUCCUCUCUGUAUUUCUUUCUUUCUUCCUCUCUGUAUUUCUUUCUUUCCUUCUUUCUUCCUCUCUGUAUUUCUUUCUUUCUUUCUUCCUCUCUGUAUUUCUUUCUUUCUUCCUCUCUGUAUUUCUUUCUUUCCUUUUCUUCCUCUCUGUAUUUCUUUCUUUCUUUCUUUCUUCCUCUCUGUAUUUCUUUCUUUCUUCCUCUCUGUAUUUCUUUCUUUCUUUCUUUCUUUCUUCCUCUCUGUAUUUCUUUCUUUCUUCCUCUCUGUAUUUUUUCUUUCUUUCUUUCUUUCUUUUCUUUCUUCCUCUCUGUAUUUCUUUCUUUUCUUCCUCUCUGUAUUUCUUUCUUUCUUCCUCUCUCUAUUUCUUUUCUUUCUUCCUCUCUGUAUUUCUUUCUUUCUUUCUUUUCUUCCUCUCUUUAUUUUUUUUUCUUUCUUUCUUCCUCUCUUUCUAUUUCUUUCUUUCUUUUUUUCUUUCUUCCUCUUGUAUUUCUUUUUUCUUUCCUCUCUGUAUUUCUUUCUUUCUUCCUCUCUGUAUUUCUUUCUUUCCUUCUUUUCUUCCUCUCUGUAUUUCUUUCUUUCUUCCUCUCUGUAUUUCUUUCUUUCUUUCUUUCUUCCUCUCUGUAUUUCUUUCUUUCUUUCUUCCUCUCUGUAUUUCUUUCUUUCUUCCUCUCUGUAUUUCUUUCUUUCUUCCUCUCUGUAUUUCUUUCUUUCUUCCUCUCUGUAUUUCUUUCUUUCCUUUUCUUCCUCUCUGUAUUUCUUUCUUUCUUUCUUUCUUUCUUUCUUCCUCUCUGUAUUUCUUUCUUUCUUUCUUUCUUUCUUUCUUCCUCUCUGUAUUUCUUUCUUUCUUCCUCUCUGUAUUUCUUUCUUUCUUUCUUUCUUUCUUUCUUUCUUUCUUUCUUUCUUUCUUUCUUUCUUCCUCUCUGUAUUUCUUUCUUUCUUCCUCUCUGUAUUUCUUUCUUUCUUUCUUUCUUCCUCUCUGUAUUUCUUUCUUUCUUUCUUUCUUUCUUUCUUCCUCUCUGUAUUUCUUUCUUUCUUCCUCUCUGUAUUUCUUUCUUUCUUCCCUUCUGUAUUUCUUUCUUUCCUUCUUUCUUCCUCUCUGUAUUUGUUUCUUUCUUUCUUUCUUCCUCUCUGUAUUUCUUUCUUUCUUUCCUCUGUAUUUCUUUCUUUCUUCUCUCUGUGUAUUUUCUUUCUUUCUUUCUUUCUUUAUUCUUUAUUUCUUUCUUUCUUUCUUCCUCUCUGUAUUUCUUUCUUUCUUCCUCUCUGUAUUUCUUUCUUUCUUUCUCUCUGUCUUCCUCUUUCUUUCUUUCUUUCUUUCUUCCUCUCUGUAUUUCUUUCUUUCUUCCUCUCUGUAUUUCUUUCUUUCUUCCUCUCUGUAUUUCUUUCUUUCUUUCUUUCUUUCUUCCUCUCUGUAUUUCUUUCUUUCUUUCUUCCUCUCUGUAUUUCUUUCUUUCAUUCUUCCUUUCUUUCUGUUCGUCUUUUCUUUCAUUCGUAUUUUCUCAUUUAUUUCUUAUUUAUUUCCUUUUUUUCUUUCUUUUUCUUUCUUUCUCCUUCCUUCCUUCCUUCCUUCCUUCCUUCCUUCAUUUUGUUCUUUCCAGACCUCUUCCUUCCUUCCUUCCUUCCUUCCUUCCUUCCUCCCUCCCUCCCUCCCCUCCUCCUUCCUUCCUUCCUUCCUUUCCAGCCCCUCCUCUCUCUCUCUCUCUCUCUCUCGUGCGUCCAUUCUCUUUCUCUUUCUCUCUCUCGUUUACCCUCUCACUCCAACUUAGUUUCACCCGCAUUCUCUCUCUCUCUCCCCCCCUCUCUCUCUAA